AUGCUGUCGGGCAAGCUUCAGCCGAAGUGGCAAAGCAUGGAGAAGUGGAGCUUCCGUAGUGCUUGUACAGUACUCCAACCGCAAGUGGACAUCGACUCUUCUGAUCAACAGAAACAAAUACUUCUCAAAGAUCCAAGAUCAAGGGAUAUCAGCCCUACGGCCACUUCACCAACACACCCCUCUCCAGCCAUGGCGCCUCACGCAGAAGAACCCCUCUCACAACUCUCUCCUGCCCAACAACAACCCACAACCAAAAAAGGCCACUCCUCCCUCCCAGUCCCAAACCCCUGCCUCUCCUACUGGCACAGAACGACAAGAGCAUUCCCCUACCUGAACCACAACUCCACCACCCCAAUCCCAACCUCAAAAAUAAAAUACCUCAUCAUCGGCUCCGGACUCGCAGGUUCCCUAACAGCCUACACGCUCCUCCAAAAAGGCAUCCCCCCACCCUCCAUUCUAAUCCUCGAAGCUCGAGAAUCCGUCUCCGGCGCCUCGGGUCGCAAUGCAGGCCACGUUCGCCCGGACGCGUUUCGUGGAUAUGCCGCUUACGCUAGAAUUCACGGUGCGGAACAAGCGMGAAAGAUCAUCGAGAAUGAGAAACUCGUUCUCGAAUCUCUGGCCGCUUUCGUAACGGAACAUCAAAUUUCUUGUGACUUUCAAUCUACCAAGACUUUUGAUGUCUGCUUAACGCAAGAGUUUGCGGAGUAUGAGAGGGAAAGUCUCCAAGCUUUCGAAUCCGCCGGAGGAGAUAUUUCUCAUGUCUCGUUCUACUCGGGGGAAGAAGCGAGAAAAGUUACAAAAGUCAAAGAAGCGGUUGCUGCGUACGAAUGGCCUGCGGGAUCUAGCCAUCCGGCGAAAUUGGCACAGUGGUUGUUGAGAGAGUGUGUGGAAAAGGGAGUGGGGUUGUGGACUCAUUGUCCCGCCGAGAAGAUAGAUUCCCAUUCCGGAUCGGAUCCUACUGCUCGAUGGGACGUGCAUACCCCUCGAGGAACUGUAUUAGCGGAGAAUGUGAUACAUUGCACGAAUGCGUACGCGGCGCAUUUACUUCCGGAAUUGGCGACUUUCGUCACACCGAAUAGAGCACAAGCACAUACCUUCGUUCCUGGACGGGAGCUUUCUGGGGAGAAGGCUUUGAGGAGUACGAUGUCGUUGAGAUAUAGUCUGAAGCACUUCUUCUCGCUGAUUCAAAGGGAAGGGGAUGGCACGGUGGUGUUUGGGAUGUCUAGAGAGAAUCCCCUGCUGUCGCAAGAGUACAAAGACAGCAUUGUAUCUUUCGAUGAUACUUCAUACAGCGAUGAAGCCGCUACGACGGCGGCGACGGCUUUCAAGACUUUGUUUCCGGAUCCGAGCAAUGCUAGACAUGGCGAGGGAGCGGAUCACUAUUGGAGUGGCAUCAUUGCUAUGACACCGGAUUCUGUUCCAAUGGUCGGUGCGGUUGACGACAAGCCUGGACAGUUCAUAUUGGCAGGUUUCAACGGACAUGGCAUGGCUCGUAUUUGGACAUCGGCUCCUGGUCUGGUGGACUUGAUGCUGAGUGGUUCCUGGCCUUCUACUGUACCAGAGUGCUUUCGAUACAGCAAGGAAAGAAUAGAGAGAGCUGCAAAGGACGACAUCAAGAGUGUUUGGUAG